AUUUUUGCAGUGUGUGACUGUCAGACCUGAAAGGGGAUGUGGGUUCUCAAGCAGUGUAGGAUGUCAAUUUUUCUUGUCAUUACUGAGGAAUUGUACAUGCCAGGAAAGAAUUUACAUUUGUAGUUGGAUUUCAAAAGCUGAGGCAUCCAGAGGAGAUCUUCACUGAGAGCCAGAAGGAAAGAGGACACUGCUGGCUGCUAGGCUGAGUAGUCUUUGACUAUGACAUUUUCUUUCAACAUCUAUUUUCUUGGGUGGUGGCUGCCCUGGCAGAUGUGGGCUUCUGUAGGACAAUUUUAUCACAAGCCUUCCAUCUCAGUGAGCCCCAGUGAAGUGGUCCCCCUGGGAGGAAAUGCCACCAUAAACUGCAAGAAUGAGCUAUAUCGAGAAGCAGCAUUCUAUCUCAUCAAAGAAGGGAUUUCAUUUCCAUUGCAAGCCAAGAACACAGAGCAGUAUGAAGUCCAAUUUUCCAUUGCUAAUGUUAAAGAAUCAGAUUCAGGGAUCUAUUGGUGUAAAUAUCACUUCAAAUCAGAACGCGUUCCAAUGUGGUCUGCUUUGAGUGACAGCAUACACAUUAACAUUACAGAUACAUCAUCCGUGGAGAACAACAUCCGUUUGGGAGUAGCCGGCUUUGUCUUGCUUGCCUUGGCACUGAUUGUGGCUGAGGCCAUCUACAGCUGGAGGAGUGGGCAGCUUUAAGUAGUCCUGACUAACUGAGUUCCAUCAGCCAAGUGUUCCCUGGUUCCUCUAAGACAUUACAAUGAAGUCACAGGAAGCCUCUUUUCAGGGGUUCCAGUAUGUACCCUGGCUUCUUUUGAAUGAGGGUACUAAGAGCCAGUGUGGUGUAAUGGUUAAAGGAUCUGGGAGACUAUGAUCUUCCAUGCUGCUAUGUACAUGCUUGGUGCUGUUUUAUUGCAAUAUUUAUGGUGUUGGGAGGAGGGGUUGAGCAAUAGGAAUGUUGGUGUGGGCUACAUGUGAUUGGCUGGGCAAACAUGGGAUGGCAGGUUUAUAUUGGAGUGCUUGACAGUUGACAGACAGAAGAGUUUGAAAAGAGAUAGGGAAUGGUUCUUAAAGAGAUAGGGAUUUGACUUGGUAGAAAUAGGGCUGGGAUUUGGAGGGAGAGUGUGGGUGUGAGUUGGGUUGUAAGUGGGAUUAGGUAGGCAGGCUGAUAUUGAUAUUGGUAACUGAGUAAGAUAUUGUAUGAGCUAUAUAUAAGUCAGGGAUGUAUAACUGGAACCACAUGUUCAAGUACUUGAACCAAAAGUAUUCUUGCUGAAGUAAAACCUGUUCUUUAAAUAAAGUUGUUUUCAAAAA